AUGAUUUCAUGUCAAAGUGUGUAUGAGCUGGGUCAGACCACUCCUCCUCUUGUUACUUCAUGUCCUGCAGCUGGGGGGAAAUCUGGGAAAGGAGAUAACGUAGAUAAUGGUAGAAUUUUCCAUUACAGAGAACAACAGCAAGUGCUAAAAUUAAUGUGUACUGAACAACAGUAUCAUACUGAGGACCUAAUAUCUCUUCAAACCAAGUCUGAAGAGACUGUGGAUGAGGGUCCACCAAAAUAUAUAAAAUCUGUUCUUAAAAAAGGAGAUAAAACCAACUUUCCCAAAAAGGGUGAUGUUGUUCACUGCUGGUAUACAGGAACACUACAGGAUGGGACUGUUUUUGAUACUAAUAUUCAAACGAGUUCAAAGAAGAAGAAAAAUGCCAAGCCUUUAAGUUUUAAGGUCGGAAUAGGCAAAGUCAUCAGAGGAUGGGAUGAAGCACUCUUAACUAUGAGUAAAGGAGAAAAAACUCGACUAGAGAUUGAACCAGAAUGGGCUUAUGGAAAGAAAGGACAGCCUGAUGCCAAAAUUCCACCAAAUGCAAAACUCAUUUUUGAAGUAGCAUUAGUGGAUAUUGACUGAAAUAGCCAGCAAUGCUUCAGAUAUAAUGACAUCAGCAACAAUAAAACAUUGCCUUGAAGAAACUUAUGUAACUAAUUAGAGCUGGUUACUAUUGUAAGGGAAGAGUCAACUGGAAAAUUCAAGAGCUCAGAUAUUGUUUACCCAAUCCCCAACUUUUAAUAUAUGUAAUCCAUUAUAAUUCCCUAAAGUUCGAAAUAUUUUACUACAGCUAUGU